AUGGACAAAGUUGACGCUGCGCCGUCCGAGAAAGUCGUGCCUCAGCGGCCCCUCGGGUUAGCUGCCGAGCGAGCACGGCGCAAUCUCAAUGCCAAACUCUCCAAUCCGCUGGCCGGUUUCAGUCAUAGCGAGCUACGGAAUCAGGGCCGUGCUUUUGCUGAACUUCAUGAGUUGGGCGAUGAGUCCGAUAUCCGUGCUUUCGAGCUGGGUGCGGUGCUGGCACAGUCCCCAGAACGAUAUGACAAUGUCGCCGGUCUGACGAAUCAAGAGAAAAAAGAACUGCGUCGGGAGUUCACCCAUCGUUGGUCCCAGCCAUGGAAGAUGUAUGCGGUAAUUGUAUUAUGUUCUCUGUCUGCUGCAGUCCAAGGAAUGGAAAGGCUGACAACAACAGACGAAACGGUCGUCAACGGAGCCCAGAUCUUCUACAAGCAUCAAUUCGGUAUCGGUGAUGCAUCGUCCCGAAGUACUUGGCUCGUUGGCCUGGUCAACUCCGCACCCUAUCUUUGCUGCGCCUUCAUCGGCUGUUGGCUAACAGUACCCUUCAACCACUGGUUUGGCCGUCGCGGCACGAUAUUUAUAACAUGCUGUUUCUCCGCGAUCGCCUGUCUAUGGCAGGGUUUUGUCUCCACCUGGUGGGCAAUGUUCAUUGCACGAUUCAUGCUAGGUUUUGGGAUCGGUCCCAAAUCCGCGACUGUGCCGAUGUACGCAGCCGAGACAGCACCACCGGCCAUUCGUGGCGCACUGGUAAUGCAGUGGCAGAUGUGGACAGCAUUCGGGAUUAUGCUCGGGUAUGCGGCUGACCUGAUCUUCUACAACGUCCACUCGAGUACUAUCCUCGGAUUGAAUUGGCGUUGUAUGAUGGCCUCAGCAAUGUUCCCAGCUCUAGUUGUUUGCUGUUUUGUCUUUGCUUGCCCCGAGUCGCCGCGUUGGUAUCUGAGCCAAAAGCAGUAUUACCGUGCUUAUAGGUCUGUCUGUACGCUGCGACACCAUAAGAUCCAAGCUGCUCGGGACCUAUACUAUAUGCAUACUCUGCUGGAGGCUGAGAAUAGUAUGAAACUUGGACAGAACAAAAUGCUGGAAUUGGUCAAGGUUCCGCGGAAUCGGCGAGCAAUGGUGGCAUCUGAGAUUGUCAUGUUCAUGCAGCAGUUUUGUGGUGUCAAUGUCAUCGCCUACUACUCUUCCGAGAUAUUCCUGGAGGCCAAAUUUUCUCCAUCAGAAGCCCUAGCAGCCUCGCUAGGCUGGGGCGUAAUCAACUGGCUCUUUGCAAUACCGGCAAUCUACACAAUCGACACAUUCGGCCGGCGCAAUCUGUUGCUACUCACGUUCCCACUCAUGUCGAUCUCAAUGUUUUUCACGGGAUUCAGCUUCUGGAUCCCCGAAAGCAGCCACAGUGCACGUCUUUCCUGCAUUGUACUUGGGACCUAUCUCUUUGGCGUAGUCUACUCACCCGGCGAAGGUCCGGUACCGUUCACGUACUCCGCCGAGGCGUAUCCCCUCUACGUCCGGUCGUACGGAAUGGCCCUGGCUACGGCGACGACGUGGUUCUUCAACUUUAUUCUAGGCGUCACAUGGCCAUCUCUGCUGGCUGCAUUCACUGCACAGGGUGCAUUUGCUUGGUAUGCAGGGUGGUGUGUGGUGGGGUGGUGGCUAGUGCUCUUGUUUAUGCCUGAGACGAAGGGCAAGACACUAGAGGAAUUGGAUCAAGUCUUCUCGGUGCCGACCAAAUUCCAUGCGCAGUAUGGGUUGCGGCAGAUUGGGUAUUUUGUUCAGCGGUAUCUGUUGCGGAGGGAUGUUGACCCAGAAAUUCUGUAUGAGAGGGAGGAACUGGCUACGGCCCAGGACGUUGGAUUUAAUGCUUGA